UUUUUCAAUCUGUCAAAAAGUCACCCUAACCUCAAACUUAAAACAUGUUCGGUGUGAAAAUCAGUUGCGAAGUGUGGUUGGUGAUCCUGGGGGCUCUUGUGGCUGUCCUAUUACGUGCAUGUACCACAUUGCACCCCUAUUCGGGGGAGGGUAGCCCCCCGAUGUACGGCGAUUACGAGGCACAACGCCAUUGGAUGGAAGUAACGACGAAUUUGGGGCCCACCGAGUGGUACAAGAACAGUACUGAUAAUGAUUUGUUGUAUUGGGGGCUGGAUUACCCCCCACUCACCGCCUACCAUAUGUUUAUUUGUGGGAAAAUCGCAAAUUUUUUUAAUGGAAAUUGGACGAAAUUGCACGAUUCGAGGGGCUUCGAGAGUGAACAACACAAGAUUUUCAUGCGGUAUACAGUCCUGGGGGCUGAUAUCGUGUUAUACAUCCCGGGACUUAUUUUCUAUUUUUAUGCAAUGGAGGGUCAAAGUGGGGACAAGAAAACCAGGCCUUUGUCGGCCUCCUUAGCCACCAUUUUGGGGCUAUUGUACCCCGGGAUCAUCCUCAUCGACCACGGACACUUCCAGUAUAAUUGCGUGUCUUUGGGACUCCUCAUUUUCGCCACAACUUGUCUCCUACUCGAUUGUAAUAUUAUCGCCGCCAUUUUGUUUUGUGGUGCCCUUAAUUACAAACAGAUGGAGCUAUACCAUGCACUGCCAUUUUUCAUGUACAUGUUAAGUUCAUGUGUACCAAAACCGGGCCAAAAUCUUGCAUCGAGUCUCAUCAAGUUGGCACAAAUCGCAAUGACAGUUCUAACGUCAUUUGUCAUUUUUUGGGCGCCAUUUUUGUUCGAUUUUAUCCCAGUUUUGCAACGUUUAUUUCCGUUGAAUCGUGGCGUUUUUGAGGAUAAAGUUUCGAAUUUUUGGUGUGUGUUAAAUGUUUUUUACAAAUUACGUUUGAAAUUUUCUAAUUACGAAAUGAUGCGUAUUUGUUUAUUUGCGACCAUUUCAAUGGUUUUUCCCUCAAGUGUUGAUUUGUUUUUGCGUCCAAGUCGUAAAAAGUUUGUUUUGUCGUUGAUUAAUUCAUCGUUGGCGUUUUUUUUGUUUAGUUAUCAAGUGCACGAGAAGAGUAUUUUAUUGGUUGGUAUUCCUGUCGUGCUGUAUUUCCCCCAGAAACCGUUUGUUUGUUUUUGGUUUUUGUGUGUUUCUGUUUUUAGUAUGUUGCCGUUGUUGUACAAAGAUGGCUUGAUUAUUGCGACUAUUGCUCUUAUGCUUUUUUAUGUUAUUUCUUUUCGGGUUUCAAUAGAGCAUUUUUAUCGAAGUUCCUUAAAUGCUAGUGAUGGUUUAGCGGAAUAUUAUCGAAGUCUUUUGCAUGUUUUGCUAGAUAUUGAAUAUAAACAAGCAACACAAAUCGAUAUUUUGAAAUUAACUUACAAACAAAUUGUGAAAAAUAAAGAAACGUUGAAAAAUUUGGCGUUUCAUGUGGUUUUGGUUACGUCACUGAUUGGGUGUUUAGUUCUCUCGUUUGCUCUUUUGGUGUUUGAACCACCGGAACGGUAUCCUGAUUUGUUCCCACUUUUGAUUUCUGGUUAUUCAGCUUUGCAUUUCUUUGGUUUUUUUAUUUAUUUUAAUAUCAAACAGUUGCAAAUACCGCAAGAGUUCGAUGCGAUUAAAAAUGUUAAAAUUAAGUCGUCUUAAGUGUAAAUAAACGUUAAUUUGGGGAA